AGGGGAAGGCGGUGGUCCGCCAUUUCGUGGACGCCGGGUCAGCGAAAGCAUCUGCGGGAGUGGGGCGGGGCGCUCCAUUAGAAGGUGCGUGCGUGGAUUUGAACCUCUGCAUUUCCAACCCAAGAUCUCGAAAUGCAUCGUGAUUCCUGUCCCUUGGACUGUAAGGUUUAUGUAGGUAAUCUUGGAAACAAUGGUAACAAGACUGAAUUGGAACGAGCUUUUGGCUAUUAUGGACCACUCCGAAGUGUGUGGGUUGCUAGAAAUCCUCCCGGCUUUGCUUUUGUUGAAUUUGAAGAUCCCCGUGAUGCAGCCGAUGCUGUCCGAGAGCUAGAUGGGAGAACACUGUGUGGCUGCCGGGUAAGAGUGGAACUGUCAAAUGGUGAAAAGAGAAGUAGAAAUCGUGGCCCACCUCCUUCUUGGGGUCGACGCCCUCGAGAUGAUUAUCGGAGAAGGAGUCCUCCACCUCGCCGCAGAUCUCCAAGACGGAGAAGCUUCUCCCGCAGUCGGAGCAGGUCCCUUUCUCGAGAUAGGAGAAGAGAGAGAUCACUGUCUCGGGAGAGAAAUCACAAGCCAUCCCGGUCCUUCUCUAGGUCUCGUAGCCGAUCUAGGUCAAAUGAAAGAAAAUAGAAGACCAGUUUGCAAGAGGAGUGGUGUACAGGAAAUAACUUCAUUUGACAGGAGUAUGUACAGAAAAUUCAAGUUUUGUUUGAGACUUCAUAAGCGUGGUGCAUUUUUAAGAUGUUUUAGCUGUUCACAUUUGUUUGUUUCUUGGGACAGUGACACAUAAAAGAUAUAAUUCUCCAUGGUUUGAAAUGGAUUAUAAGAGGCAUGUAAUACCACAAAUUGUUACUUUACAAUGUUCCCUUAAGCAAAAUUGAAUUUGUUUUGAACUUUUAGUCUUGCAUAGACUAAAAAUAAACCUCUAAAUUUUGCCUAGCCUAUAAAGUGAUUGAUAUUGUGGAAGCUGGCAAAAAUCAAGACUUUUUCCAUAACUAGGAUACAUAGUAUGCAGCUGUAGUUGAAUCAAGCAGUCUUUAAAAACUGCUAUGAACACAAGCCAGUAGGUAAAAAUAAAAGCUGCACCAUAAAGCUAGAUUUAGAGGUCUUUUUGUUUGUUUUAACUCCAACUAGUCUUAAACACUGGGUAGAGAACUCCUCCCAGCCCAGUUGGUAUAGAAUAUUAAGAAAUUUUCAAGAAAACGAGUUUAUUUUUACUUUCAGUGAUAAGUUCCUUAUGUGAUUGCUGUGUAUCAAUGCAUAGCUCUUUAUAACAUUCUUUGGAAGUUUUGAGACCAUUCAAGAUCCUGAUCUCCUGCAGUUUAAGGGUACAUUGUAGAGCUGAACUUUGAGUUACUGUGCAAGAUUUUUUUUUUCAUGCUGUCAUUUGUAAUAUGUUUUGUGAGAAUCCUUGGGAUUAAAGUUUUGGUUACAAAUUGUUGUUUAACUUGAAAGCCUGUUUUUCCUUGCAAAACUAAAAUCUGUGAGCUUGGUACCAAGUCCAGGUAUAACAUUCCUAUUGGAAGCCAUACUUAUAUUUUCUUGUAAAAGUGCUUUUGAAUUAAUAAAAUAUUAGCAUAAUUGUGUAAUAGU